AUGCCGAUCUUCUUGUCGCGCCCGGCGGCGGCGCCCGACGAGAAGCCACGGGACCUUAAGCGCUGCGUGGACGCCAUUGCCACGCCGCUGGAGGCCGAGGAGCUCAUGCAGGACAUGAGUGCCGCCACGGAGAUGCUGGAGAAGCAGCAGCGGAUUGUGGUGUUGCCCUGA